GACUGGAUGUGGAAGACAGAGCAUGAGCCUGUGGGAAAAUACUACAAGCAUUAAUAGCCAUCAUUUCUUAAGAAUCGGUGGAUUAUUUGAUUACCGUGAGAUUCCGUUAGUAAUAUGUGCAAUUUACACUGGUGGAUUGCCUUGGCUAUUUUUUAUUUUCCUUUCUCCUCCUUUCUGUCCGUUUUUGUUUUCUUUAUUCAUUGUGCCCUAUGAAGGCAAUUAACUAUCCCUCCUUCCAAUCCUAUUGAAAAGAGGGCAGAAAAAAAGGGACAUGAGAGCAGCAAAUCCCUUUUGAUUCCUCUUGUAGCGCUCAAUAAGAAAAGAAUGUGUUGCCUAUCACUCAUGGAGGGGAUCAAGUCUUCCGGACUGUCCCACGCGCUCAAUGCGCUGCUGUUGUCCAGAGCAUCCCUACAGAGAUAGACGUAGAGCGCGUAAAGAGAACAGCCGCAGCAUCCUGCAGCCGAGCCUGGAAAGACACUUCAGCUGCACUAGACAAGGACCCAUUGAGCAACCUGUCUCCUCUGUCUGACUGUCUCCUCACCAGAUUCAUUAUUAUAGGAAAGGCUCCUCGUUGCUUUUUCCCCUCUAAAGUCCCGUUCUUUGGAAUGUGGUGUGACAUAAUGAGGAUCCUCGCACUGCUUCUGGGGAUGAAAGCCGCGUGCAUCCUGCUGGUUUCCUCGCGCUCAGGCACGGGGGCAGUCAACAACAGCGGCCGGUGGUGGGGCAUUGUGAACGUUGCCUCCUCUGCAAACCUCCUCACCAACUCUAAGGACGUCCAGUUGGUACUGGAUCCCAGCUUGGGCCAGCUGAACCGUCGCCAGCGUCGCCUCAUCCGCCAGAACCCUGGGAUCCUCCACGCCAUCACAGCCGGCCUGCACACUGCCAUCAAGGAGUGCAAGUGGCAGUUCAGAAACCGCCGCUGGAACUGCCCGACCACCCACAGCCUGGCAAUAUUUGGCAAAAUCGUCAACCGUGGUUGCCGAGAGACAGCGUUUGUGUUUGCGAUCACGAGUGCAGGGGUGACCCAUGCGGUGGCCCGCUCCUGCUCCGAGGGGGCCAUAGAGUCAUGCACCUGUGACUACCGUCGUCGGGGGCCCGGGGGCCCUGACUGGCACUGGGGUGGCUGCAGCGACAACGUGGACUUUGGGCGGAUGUUCAGUCGGGAGUUUGUGGACUCCAGUGAGAGAGGAAGGGAUCUCCGAUACCUCAUUAACCUACACAACAACGAGGCAGGGAGAAUGACAGUGUCAUCAGAGAUGCGUCAGGAGUGUAAGUGCCAUGGCAUGUCAGGGUCAUGCACUGUGCGUACCUGCUGGAUGCGUCUACCCAGCUUCCGCGCUGUGGGGGACUUCCUGAAAGACCGCUUCGACGGAGCGUCCCGGGUCGUCUAUGCCAACAAGGGUUCCAACCGCGCCUCUCACCGUGCCGAUCCAAGCCAUCUCGAACCCGAGAACCCCUCCCACAAACCCCCAUCAUCCAGAGACCUGGUAUACUUUGAGAAGUCACCCAACUUCUGCACCUACCACGGCAAGACGGGUACCCACGGAACUUCAGGGAGGACCUGUAACAGCUCGUCUCCGGCGCUGGAUGGGUGUGAGCUGCUGUGUUGUGGUAGAGGGUUCCAAACUCAGACUGAGAAGGUCACUGAGAGGUGUCACUGUACGUUCCACUGGUGCUGCCAUGUUAGCUGCCUCAACUGCACCAGCACACAGACAUUACACCAGUGCCUCUGAUCACAGGAGAACCAGGACAGGGGCUCAGAGAUGGAAACGGACAGGCUCUUUGGGCAGGUGGUGUGUAGAUAGAGGAAUGGUGUGGUAGAGAAGGGAAGGACUAACUCCUUAAAGGGGUAAUUGGGGGGUUGAAAAGUGAAUACAGGGAGUACUAGAGCUUAAUCAAUGUUUUUUUGUGAGGAAAGAAAAGAGAAAAGCACAACAUUGAUUACAGGGUGUAGAAGGAGGGUUUGUGUGUUUUGUGUGUGUGUGCUUCUGACACCCUGCUGUAACAGAGUAUGUUAGUGUGCUUACUGGGUAUUUCAAUGCUGUAGCUAUCCAACCGUGUAGAAUGGAAUGGAAACCAAUCCUCACUAUGGCUUCCCAACACCAGUAACAAGACCAGAGGCAGAUUGAGUUAAAGGAAGUACUUACAAAGGAAAUAGAUUUGUGGCUAGAGAUAAACAACCAAAAUUAGUCUGAGAGAGACGCUGGGAUUUGAGUCUUUCACCCUCUCUGACCUUACAAGAUACAACUAGUGUCUCUGUCCCCUCUCCAUCUCUCCCCUCCACGGCAGAGAGAUGUGAUGGCAGAGGAGGAGAGGGGAGGGAGGAGAGUAACGGUUGCUGAACACAAUGUCAGACAGAUGUCUCUGUGGCGGGAGAACCACAAGCAUGGUCUCUCAUAAACCGGUGAAGAACUGUAACAAGAGGGAGGUUAUUUUAAACAUCACUGUUUUGUUUUCUUUUGCUGCAGUUCUACUUUUCUCACAUACAAUUGUGUGAAGUACAUCUCCCAGGAUGUGCUGUCUUCUCCCCCAAUUGCUAUGUACUUUGGUCCUGGACGUGGACCAAGCCGUUAUGAUUUCCUCUCUAACUCACCACACAUGCCCUCUUUGUUUAGAUUGCUCUGGAAUCCGCUACACCUCAACCCGGAGUUACCGCGGUGAUUUACUGCACCAUGGUUACUGACGUUAAAGGACUGGACGUUAUCCAAGGAUAACACAAAAAUAUUCUACAGUUUUAUAACAAACUGGAAUUCACUAUGGGAAUCAUAUGUAUGAAUCAUUUGACUGCAGUAUCAAUACACUGAAUAUUGGAGAGUAUAACUAGAUGUAUGUGUAGGAGAUAGAUAGGGGUGCUGCAAGAAACUGGGGUGACCUGCCAAAUAGUGAGAUCUGUAAUAUGGCAACCCUGUUGCUAAAAUGGCAAUGACCAGAGCAAAAUUGUGAGACUAAACACAUUGCCCUGCUGUGGAAAACUUGAUAAGUGUGUAAAGAUAAUCCAACAUCUUCCUUUCCAAGUUUACAGUGGACAGACAGAGGGUUUUACCAUUCAAUAGGAGCUGCAUCUAGCUGUGAACUAGACUUUGAGGGAAAAACCUUGACUAUACAGUCACUACUAAGGGAAACGUAUUGUAUAUCAGCUCAGAGAAUCAAAAUGUUGUAAAUAAUAUAUAUAGAAAUAUAUAUUUAUGCUGAAGUUACUCGCAAUUUUAGGGAAGAAUGACUUGCGCACCUGUCGUACAUAAGCCAAUUGAUGGAAGGAGAGAAAAUAUGCUAUCAUUAGUCCUACGUCAGGUCAUGUUUUAUUGUUAAACUGAUAUUCUGUUUAUUUCCUUAAUUUUUGUGGAGGGCAGGAAACCUGGCAGAGCAUUCUGCUUUAUUUCGUACUCAUUUUCUCUUAACACUAAUGUUUGUCAUGUUUGUCAUGCACUGAAUAUUACCAUUUAUGUAAAUACAAACAUAUUUAUUACUGUGAAUGUUUGAUACUGUUAUAGAGAGAGAAGUAAAAUAGUAAAACAAAGCAUUUGAGA